AUGAAGCGACUGUUUGGUAGACGAGACAAGGACAAGGCCGUCCGCACAUCGGCCACCGAGUCUGCGACGGAAAAGGAGACGACCUCUGCGCACAACGAGCAACCGCAGACGCAUACUGACGCCGCUAAUGGAUUUCUGUCACCGUAUACUGCUCCUGUAGCCCGCAAACGGUCCCUGUUCUUUGGCUCUGCGCGAGGGCCGACAAAGUCAGUCCAAGGCUCCCACUCUGGCUCUGAUGCGGGUUCCAACACGCUGACGACCAGGUCAACCUCUGGGAGCAGCGACGCGUCGUCUUCGCUUGUCUCGACGCCCAUUGACGAGCCCCUGACCCCGUUGGGGACUGAAACUCCUCCGACCGAGACCAAGUCUUGGCCAAAUCCGUGGGCGAGCAGCCUGGGUAAAGCAAAGGCUUCCAGAGCUCUCCAAACGACGCAGCAACAACAGCCGGUCAAACCCUCCCCGGCCGCAUCUUCUUCGUCGUCAUUCACAAACGCGCUUCGCUCGAGGGUCACCGCCAGUCGUACACAGACAAUUCCGCGAGUCAGCGUUGAGAGCUCUGCUGAUUCCGAAGAAGAGUCCGACGACUCGUCAUGGGAUGAGAUUCAUCCAAACGAGAUUACACGACCCCGUAAGACACUCCGGAUUCCUGCUUCCGGACAGCGGCAACAGUCGCCAAACUCGAGGCGUACCGUCUUUGGAGGCGCCGUGACGUCCUCACCGCUCACCCGCGAAACGUCGAAAGCGCUCGCAAAUCUCCACGCACUCACCCUUGAUGCGCUGGUCCCCCCAACAUCUGCGCCCCCGCUUGUGCAGACGCCAUCUGCCGUCCCUUUUCCUCGAUCCUCCAACAAGGUACACCUCCACCCAGCCAUUGUAAAUAUCAUCCACGCACAGCACUCCCCAUUGCAUAUGGAGAUCCUUCGCAAGCGGCUCCUUCGAAGGAUCGAGCGCCGCGUUCUUACCGCAACAGAGCAAUCCUCAAUCCAACCUCUUGCAACUCGCUCAGCAAAGCCAAGAGACGCAAACAAGCGGAGACUCCCUGCUGCCGAGGAGACGUACGAAGACAGCAAGGCAGUAGGCGGAGGAUGGAGCAAAGGCAUGAAACGAUGGGCAAUGCGACCAUGUUUCGAGGAGCGUGUAGUCGUGUGGAAGCCGCAUGCCUCGGGAGUAAUCGCGCGAUCGGUGGAGAGAGACAACCGUUGUGGCGUCGCUGCCCUCGAGUUUUCUGAAGGCGCCGAGGCCCUGGCAGGUCUGCAUCGACAAAACGAGCUACCGCCUCCCCCCUCUGACAUUUACGUGCCGGCUUCAAACCGCAAGCUUCCUCCCCCAUUGGUGAUUCCACGCUCACCCCACGGCAUAGCCAAUUCCGAUGCGCGCUCACUCGGCAUGGUGUCAUCACGCACCAGGAUUGGCCCGUCAAAACUGCGUCCACCACCAAUAGACGCGACGGCCCUCGUCUCUCAAGACGAAGAUGAUCUCCCGCUCGGCAUGGUCGUGCUGCAGCGCCGUCAAAAGGAGGAACUCGAAGAGCGUAAGAGACGGGCCGCAGCCGAAAAGGCUGAGCGAGAACGUAAGGCACGCGAGGAAGAGGAGAAAAAACGGCUAUUUGCAGAACAAGUUGCCGCGGCGAGACAAAGAAGAGAAGGUGAAAGGCUUGGGAAGAAUGGCAAAAAGGACAGCUGGUUGGAAGGUGAGAUCGAUGCACUUCCGCCUCCUGUGCGACCCUAUGCCUCUACGGGACGGUCCAGCUCGAACCCCAACUUGCCGACGUCCAACUCGUUGCAAAACUCUAAGCCUCAAUUUGAUCGGCGACAAACGUCUGCAGCCUCCAUCAUCUCAAGUUCUGCCACCGUCACGACGAAGAGACAGGAGCCGGUGAGGCAGCAGACCGCCCCGCCUUUACCUUCUCCAUGGACAGGCAUCGCCUAUACUGGAAAUACAGCAGGGAGCCAGCGCGAGUAUUCAACACCAAUCUCAGCACCAGCCACGAUGCGAAGCUACAACAUGAUGAUGCUCCCACCUCAACCGGAUCCUGUCAGUAUGGCCAUGUUUGAACAAGGCUUGCUCCACCCAUGGACUAUGAACCAUGGAACUGGAAGUACGGGAGCUUUGACGCCACCACGGGCACUGUUUGGAUUGAGCUCGUCCGGAGACUCUGCUGGGUCUCUGACACCACCACGCUUCCCCAGCUCGCGACCGUCAAGCUGGGGUUCAAGCAGUGAAGACGUUUGGCUGAUGAUGCAAAAUGCCGGAUCCAGUUCAGGGACAAAUCCCGAUGCCCACGACCGGCGGAGAUCAAAAGGCUCGAUGCUAGCGAGUCCGGUCGAUGAAAGACGGAGCCGAAGUCACUCCAAGUCGCCGACCGACACGGCUCCACCAGGCUAUGGUCGACCAACAUCAAGUGUCAAUGGCAGCGCACCAAAGUCACAAGAGAAGCGUCAUUCCCGACAAAUCUCAUCUGUGACUGCACCAUCGGCUCCAGGCCGACAGCAAUCUUCAUCGUCUUCAACACCGAAUCUACACGUGCCAUCCCUCCCAACACGGCCACGAGGAAACUCUGCGACGUUGUCCAAGCUCAACCCGGCUCAAGCGAAUCGAACUCCGUAUGGACUUCCCAGCGGUGAGAGCUAUGCGCCCGUGUCGAAUGCGUCUAGAUUGCAGUCUCUCUCGAGCACGCCACAACGCGAGAGUACACUUGCACCCAGUACCAGCAAAGACACGCUGAAGAAGACGUCUUCCUUUUUAUCCUUGACACAAGGACGGGACGGUGGCUCAGUCACGACGCGGAAGAGUAAACUCUUUUCGUAA